GUUAAAAAGACCGGUUGCAUUUUUCUUAAGGAUAUCACUUUUUUCCUCUUACACCGCAUUUGUAAUCAUGACAACGGUUCGGUUUACAGAAAGUAAAAAAGAAAAAGCAGAAAACCUUGUAGCUGAGUUGGAAAAGAAGGUCACGGAAGCAUUUGAUGUCUUUGACUAUGAAUCAAACGGAACAGUCGAUAUGCGAGAGGUGGGAACCAUCAUACGCUCGUUGUUUUGUUGUCCAUCGGAAGCAGAACUCAGUGAAUUUAUCACCCAGGUUGAAGAUGAAGAACCAACAGGCCAUAUAAGGCUUGAAAGAUUCCGUCCAGCAAUGGUCAAAGCAGUUCUUGAACACAGAUUUAAACCAGCAUCUGAAGAUAUUCUUCUUAAAGCAUUCCAGAAACUGGAUUCUGAGGAUAAAGGUUUUCUCACCAAGGAGGAGUUGACAAAAUACCUUACAGAAGAAGGUGAAGCUUUUGAAACUGAUGAAUUGGCAGAGAUGUUUUCUGCAGCAGCAGAACCAGAUUCAGAAAAUAUUAAUUACAAAGACUUCCUUUCACAAAUAGUAGUCGAUGAUCAACUGAUUUUGUAACAGCCCUGAACUGAAAAUUCUAUGGCAGCCCCUAACUGAAAUUUUACAUAUCUCAGAGAAGCUGCUGCAGUUUGCAUCCGAUGCCAAGAUAUGAACCACCAGCCUCUUGGUUUGCUCUGCAAUACCCUAACAAAUACUCUGGGCCCUGGUAAAAGAUUGAAUAAAGUAUUGGGAUUUGUAAAUAAAUCAUUUCCUUCUCAUCCAAAUUA